UCGUUCACUCAGUGAGGCAAUAGAAUAUAAUAUAAUUAUUUUCGUUUUGAAUACCUACUGUUUUCAUUUAUGUUAUUGUGUAUUAACCAGUGUAUUUAUGUAAGGAUACGAAUAUUCUACAUAUUAUAGUUUAGAAUUUGUAUAAACUAUAAAUUUAAGCUAUGGAUCUCGAAGACAAUGCUCUGGGCCUAACCCAGGAGCAAACUGACAAAAUUUUGCAGUUUCAAGACCUCACAGGAAUUGAAGACAUGUCUAUAUGUAGAGACGUUCUGCAGAGGCAGCAAUGGGACUUAGAGGUGGCUAUUCAAGAACAGUUGAACAUUCGAGAAGGACGCCCGUCGGUGUUCGCGAUAGAGGCGCGAGCGCCGCCCGUAGUGCAUGAUUACAUAGCACAGCAAGUGUUCACAGACGAGCCUCCAGAAGGCCCAGGGGGUGUCCGGGGCCUGGUCCGAUAUGUUGUCAACCUAGUUGUAUCAAUGUGUUAUAGUACAAUAACAUCAGUAUUAAAUCUGUUGUUAAGUUUCGUCCGCAAUGAUGAUCGGAGAUUGGUCACAGACCCCCUCGGUGAUGUGGUAGGCUUCAUCAACAGCUACACAUCCAAAUACAACCAGCAUCCGGUGUUCUACCAGGGCACAUAUGCGCAGGCGCUCAAUGAUGCCAAGAAAGAGCUUCUUUUCCUAAUAGUUUAUCUGCAUUCUGAUGCGGCUGCAGAAACACAAAACUUCUGCAGAACUACCGUAUCAGACCCAGAUGUGAUAUCCUACAUAAACACGCACGCACUCUUCUGGGGGUGCUCAAUCGACACGGCCGAAGGCUGGCGGGUGGCGCAAUCGGUCGGCGGGCGGCGCUACCCGCUUCUGUGCGUGGUGUGCGUGCGGGACCAUCGCAUGACCGUGGUGGCGCGGAGUGAGGGAGCCUGUAGCCCGCAGCAGCUGCUGCAGCGGCUGCAGCGUGUCGUGGCUGAUAAUGAGCUGCAUCUCGUCGCUGCGAGGGCUGACAGGGUUGAACGCGAAGUGACGCAGCGUCUACGAGCGUCACAAGACGAGGCCUAUGCGGAGUCGCUAGCCGCCGACCAGGAGAAGGAGCGGCGGCGCGAGGCCGAGCGCUCGGCGCGAGUCCAACGCGAGGCCGAAGAAAACAGGCUGCGGGAACAGGAGGAGAAUAGGAAGCAAGAGGUUAUGGCGACGCGGUCGUUGCUGGCGGCGCGACUCCGGCCGGAGCCAGCGGCGGGCGCGCGCGCCGUGGUGCUGCUCAUCCGUCUGCCCAGCGGCGAGCGCCUCACCAGGCGCUUCAGCACAGACACCACCACACAGGACUUAUACGACUUUGUAUUCAGCCACCCUCAGUCUCCAGAAGAGUUUGAGAUUACGACGAACUUCCCAAAGCGCACCAUACCCAAGGGCCUCUCCAACCUCGUGGAGGUCGGCCUCAAAGACAGGGAUGUCUUGUUCGUCACCGACAUGAACGCUUAACCAGUGAGUUGUGAUCUUAGAACUGAGCAAUGUAGUGAGAGUAUUCAUGUAAAACUUUAAUUAAUGUUUGUGAAUGUGUAUUUAAAUCCUUGGAGUCUUGAUACUUUGACGUUUAUUCCAUCCAAAUUGAGUUGAACAGAAUAACCAUUUAAAUAUUUUCAAUUUUGAGGGCUUAAAUGGUUUUGGUACAUAUUUGGUUAACUGCAUGACACUGGCGUUUAUUGCCCUUCGUAUUGCAUCAAUAUCAGUUAGGGUGGUAAGCAAGUUGAACCGUUCAAUACGUUGUCACAUUAAGUGCAAAAUAACUUCUCGAAUCCACUCAAUAUACCGUGCUGAAUAUCACGGACAGAUAACGCGAAUACAGCAAUGUACCUAUAUGCAGUUUGGAAUUGGAACACACCGUGCGAUAUCAAGGGCAUAUAAGCAAACGUGCUUGCACUAUUGAAAUUGUUAAAAAAAAAUGACCAAAAGAUAUGAGUUUACUUUGCUAUCCACAAAAUUGGCGCAGUUUCUCUAUCGAAUGUGUAUAUCAUUGUUAUGAAUCGGUUCAUAAUAAUAAUAACUAAUUUAGUAACUGUAAAACUUACAAUACGUCAGCUUAGCCAGCGGUACCUAAGUUGUUUUCUCAUGAAGUCUAAGGUGCCCCUGUACUUUGUAAACAAGGCACAUUUGGAGUUCUUUAGUGAAUCCGAAAGAGGUAAACAAAAUUCGCCAUGUAUCAACGACAAUACAUUUUCCCAGAAAGGCAUCGACAAAUCAUUCGUGAUCUCGCGGAGUUGAACUUUUUAUUAAUCCGUAAUGUUAACACGAAUACUGGCUUUAUAUUAAUUGGUAAAAGCACAGGGAAGAAUAGCUUUGCGAUCCUAGGUACUUUUUUGAUGAAAUUUCCAUUUCGGGAGAAAACGGUUUCCACUAACUAAAUCACAAAUUACUUUAAUUUUGAUGUCGAUCGCUUCACCAUAAUGUACCUAUUCUAGGUUUAAAGGUCUCGCUUAAAAAAAAAUUGCUAAUUUUGAAAGAAAAAGGAAAACCUAUAAACCUAGUCUUUCAUUGUGUCAAUAACGUACUAAAAAAUCAUGGAAAAUAUUUAGAACUGGAAAAACAUUUUCUCUUAUUGUAUGGAGGAGCAUGGUAUUCUUCCCUCUUAUAAUCUCCUAAUAUGAUCGAAAAGUUGUAAAAAAUCAAUGUAUUCAUUCAUAUGAAUUCAGAAUAUCGUUAAACUAGGAAAUGUGGUAAUUGUUCAAAACCAAAAUAUCGUUUUUGAUCACAAUUUUAGUCUUUAAAAUAAUGAAUAUAGGAAUUAGAUGUAAAAUAUUUAAGUAAAGAAACUACGGUCAUAAUGAAUGGUGGAAGCAGCAAAUAAAAAGAAAUCAUAAGUAAAUAAAAGACAAUUUUUUUUUUUGGAUUUCAACACUUCUAUGAAUGAUACUCUUUUUGUAAUUUCGUACUUAAUAAACGAAUGUUAAUUCCAUUUGUACUCAUGUCAAUCUCUGGGCACCUAAUAUUAUUAACAUUAACCUUCGAAAGUUCAAAAUAUAGUAGUUAUCUCCUAAAAUGUUACUAUUAGUGAAUGCACUUUGAAAUGUGAUACCUAUUGAUAUAUCCGUAAAGGCUGUUUUUAAGAAUAUUUCCAAAAUAAAAUUCAACUUUCCUAUGGUUGUAUAGUGUCAAUUGUUAUGUUGUUUGUUUAUGUUUUGAUAUACAGCGACCUUGUUUUGUUCAAUUUUUAUUCCAGCAAGAAAGAUGCAUAAUAAAAUGUCAGAUGUUAAAUUUAAGUCGGCUUUACCGAAAAGAUUUAUUUUAUAUCUGUAUGUUGAUAUUAUUUAUUAUGAACCUACUCUAAGUGGUCAAUGUAGAAGUAAAAUUAUGUCAGAAGAUAGCACAAUAGGGUAUUUGACUGUAUUGAAAAUAAAUUAUUUUACACCAUGCAUGAAAUAAAGCAAUAGAAGAUUAAUAGAGAAACGUAGACAGCAGUUAUUUUUAGACAUAAUUUAUAUUUUAAAACAAGUAUAAAACUAUAAAGACUGGGUAAUUUGAUUGUGACGUCACAUGCUAGUGUUUCAUAUAAAUUCCAUAGUAGCAGAAUCAUUUUGACAGUUCGAAAAAAGAAAUUGAUUUGACUAGUAGUCAAAUACCCUAUUGUAAGAUGACGAUUCUAAAUUACCGUUUAUAGUUAUCCGCGGCUUCCCCCAAUGAUAAUUUUUAUUUGUUUUAAUGGUACGUUAGGAUAGGUGCAUCUCAUUUCACAAAAAAUCAUGCUUUCAUCUCUAUUUCAGCAGCCAGUGCUAUUAUAGGGACCAGGCUGUUGCUCCUUAAGCUGCCGAAGCUACCCGAAAACUGCUAAAGCUUAGGCAUGCCGAGAUUACCGUGCCGUGUCUUGCAGAUAGUGGGCGUCGGGCCUUUAUUAGUAGUGCUGUUUCGAUUAUAUUCAAAACUAUUACAAAUUAACCAUUUAUGCACUAAUAGAAACUGACUAAACUGAUGGAUUUACUGAAAGCAUAUUUUGACCUCGGACCUAGUGAACUUUUCAUUUACAGUAUCGAAAUGUAAAACAACUGACACAUAUGUGUGAUGCGCCUUAUUUGAAUAUUUCAUACCAGUGCAUUUUCGUUCCAGCUUUUGCUUAUAUUUAUAAAAACAUUGUGUAUAUUUGUCAGAACAGAACUACUUUAAGUAUGACCCGUGAGAGUGGUUGGUGUGUGGUGUAACGGACAGUGGCUGGGCCUGCAUUUACGAAAACGGACUGUGUAAUAUAUUUUAUUGUUUGGUUGUAUAAUAAUUAUGUUCCUUCAAAAAAUUGAGUUUUAUUCUAAUUUACACAUCCUAAAUUCCCGAAGAACUUUA